AUGGUUUUAUUACGUAAAAUAAAGAGAGGACGUCGUGCCAUUGUUUGGAAAUUUAAUGGUGAUGCUAACUAUAUCGAUGGACCAAGAUUAGCAAUUGUUUGGCCAUGUAUAAAUCGAAUUCAACCAUUAUUAGUGCAUCAAGCUAAUGAUAUGCAAUAUUUAGAAGUAAAUUAUAUUGAUGGAACAACAGAUAUUAAACCUGGCCCGGUAUCAUUAUAUGAUGAUCCAUUAAAAAUGAUUUCAAUUUUAACGAAAGAUCUAAUUACACUUGAUGCAAAUGAAUUAUUAGUUUUAUAUACGCAACAAGAACAAGAAGAAAAAAUAGAUUUAUCAUCAGUACGUCAUAUUAUUAAAGGUCCAACACUUUAUGCUCCUAAGCCAAAUGAAUGGAUUCAUGAAUUUACAUGGCAUGGUGAAGAUGGAACACAUAAAACUCAUAUUAUACCGGGUGCAAAAAAAUUUAAAAUACUUCGUCUUAUUCCCGAUCAAUUCUAUUAUAAUAUAACCGAUGUUCGAACAUCUGAUGAUGCUUUAAUAACUGUUAAAUUAAUGUUAUUUUAUGAAUUAAUCGAUGUUGAAACAAUGUUAAAUAAUACGCAUGAUCCAAUAGCAGAUUUUAUCAAUGCAGUAUGUGCUGAUGUAAUUGCAUUUGCAUCUGUAAGAAAAUAUGAAACAUUUCUUGAAAAUGCUAAUCAAUUAAAUCAAUUUGAAACUUAUCCACAAUUAAUAACAAGAUCUGACGCAGUUGGAUAUAAAAUAAAUAAAGUUGUUUUUCGUGGUUAUCAAGCAUCGGAAAAACUUCAAUUAAUGAAUGAUAAUGCAAUUCAAGCACGAACUAAAUUAAGAUUAGAAAAUGAAUCUGAACUUCAAGUACAAUUAUUAGAAGAUUUAAAAUUAGAAAAACGUUUCGAACGAUCACAAAAAGAACGAAAAAUGGAACUUGAACAAAUGUCACAUAAACUUGACAUGAUUAAACAACAACAUGCAAGUCAUUUACAAAAUAAAGAAGCUGAAAAUCAAUUAGAACGACAACAUCAACAAUUAUUACACGAAGAUGAAGUUAAAUUUUAUCAACAUUUAAAAGAACUUGGUACAGAUAUAACACAAGUUAUGAUAGCACAACAAAGAAAUCCGGAUAAAUUAAUUCAAAUUGUUAAUGAUAAUGAAAAAAAAUCACAAAGAACAUCAGCAAAUAUUCAAUUUGUAGAUAAUAUUUAA